CCACUUUUUCUUUUCUCUAUAUAAUAACCCUUUUUGAAGCUCCCAUCAACAAAAUCACUUCUUCAAGUGCUUCCAACUUUUCUACAAUAGUAUUCAACAACCACUCUCACAUUCUUCCAUCAUCACUCUCUCCACACUACAAAGAAAACAAGAGUUUCAACAACUAGUCUUUUUCUUUUGUUAGUAUUAUUACUAUUAUUAUUAUACAAAUAUGAGUGAUAGUAGUGAUUCAAAUAUUAGAGGCUCAAAGAAGAAGGUGUCAUGCAAGAAGCUUGGAGGGUAUCUCAAAGAACAAAAAGGAAGAUUAUACAUUAUUAGAAGAUGUGUUGUUAUGCUUCUUUGUUGGCAUGACUAAAAGUUAUAAUUUUCAUGGAAGAUCUUCAUUGGUUGAAGCCUUGAGGAUUCUAGAUUCAAAUAGCUUUAGCUUGUUCAUGUUGAUGAAGAUGAUGAGAAAUUAAGGGCUACAUGCAUUUUGCUUUUGAUUAUCAUUUCCUUAUGUAAAUAGCAUAGAAAGAAAUGUUUGAGACAAUUUUCCUUCAUAUCAUGCCUCAACAAUUAGUGUAUGUUUUCUAAGUUCCAAUUAAUUAA